CAACUUCGCAGCCAGCUAUCAACUUAAACGUUCACCAUGCAGUACUGGGAACCAGGAGUUUAUUACGAGUCCGGAUCCGUCGUCGAGUACGAAGGCCACCGCUACAGGAUCAUCCAACCGCACACCAGUCAGUCGGACUGGACCCCGCCGGUCACCCAGGCCCUCUGGGGCCGCUUGCAGGACGGAGACCAUGGCGGCGAACACCACCAGCACGAGGAGCACCGUCACCGUGAAGAGGAGCACCGUCAUCAUGAAGAGGAACAUCGCCAGCAGCAUUACGGCGGCGAAUAUCGGCACGACGAGAAGCAGUCGUCGUUUCAGGCACCUCCGGACGGCCAGGAAGUCCAAAUCCACCACGAGGAGCGCGAGAAGCACUGGUACGAUCUGGACGACAAACGUAAGCAGGAGCUCGAGGUCGGUGGAGGGCUUCUUGCCGGCGCUGCUCUACUGGCCGGUGGCUAUGCGGCUUGGAAAGGCCAUGAGAAGUCGCAGGAAGAGGAAAAUGCGCAUAAGUGGUCCCUGCAAAACUGGGUGCAUGAUGCGGAAGUUCGUGCUGAGAAGUUCCGUAACUAUGGGCCGCAAUCGCCAGCGACGUGGGUUCUGAAUCGGGGCAAGAAUAUUCCCCAAGGCGCAAUCGCUGUAGGGCAAGAGCACUCAUGGACUUUGUACAUCUGUCGGGCGUACCACGAGGGCGGAAUCCUUAUAGGCAAAGCCUCGGACGCGUUCAAGAAAGGCGCUGUGAUCGGCUAUCGCCACGAGGAAGUCCAUCUCGAUAUAUACGAGAUUCUUCUGGGUGAUAUGAAUGGCCUGCGUUGGGUGCCGGCUCAGGGCCGCCUGAACGUCGCCAGUCUCGGCUUCCGGCCGGUCGAGGGAGGUAAGGAGGCCAGCGGGACUCCACUAUAUAUUGCGGAGGCCCCGUACAACGGGGCCGUCCAUCCAGGAAAGGCUAGCGAAGAUCUGGACGGCGCAUACAUUCCUUAUGAUGGGACCGAGAAAUGCGUCAAGAUAAGAAUUGUCCCUAACAGUGCUCCAACCUCCCUUCCUCCUUCGCCUCUUCUCGGCUCUCGAGCCACACUCACCAUGGUCCAUGUUCUCGACCUCCUCAACGCUCACGUCGCAGACUCGGUCGUCGGCCGCUGGUUUCGUCUCGAAGGAAGCGGACACCCCAAGGAGCGUAUAGGCUCUCGCUUUACGACUGAGAUUAGAGCUGGUUUGACGACAUGGGCUGCCAUGGCAUACAUCAUUUCCGUGAACGCAGCUAUUCUGGCCGAUUCUGGAGCUACCUGCGUCUGUCCGACCCCCGACCACUGUCCGAAUGGCUCCAAUCCCGAGUACGACGUCUGCCUAGGGGAAGUUCGGAACGACCUCAUUAUUUCGACGGCCGCUGUCGCUGCACUCGCCUCGUUCCUGAUGGGUUUUUUGGCCAACCUUCCCGUCGGCAUGGCUCCCGGUCUCGGCUUGAACGCCUACUUUGCUUACUCCAUCGUCGGCUACCAUGGACAGCACAAAACCACCUACCAAGAGGCCUUGGCUGCGGUGUUCCUUGAAGGGUGGAUUUUCUUGUUCCUGAGCAUCAUAGGGCUUCGUCAAUGGAUUGUUCGCAUCAUGCCCCAGAGUCUCGUUCUAGCUGUAGGGGCGGGAAUCGGCUUGUUCAUAGCGUUGAGUGCUCUGCUCCGAUUCAUAGGAUUGUCCAAUGGCGGCCUCAAGGUUAUUGGAGGUGAUAUCACCAACUACGUCGGCCUGGGCGGUUGCAAACCAGAAGACAUGCUUCCCGCUCUGCCGGGCUUUUGCGCAGGCGGCCAGCUCCGGAGCCCCACGAUGUGGCUGGGCAUCUUCCUGGGAGGCAUCCUCACUGUUCUUCUCAUGCUUUAUCGGGUCCGGGGAGCAAUUCUAAUCGGCAUCUUCCUAACUUCCAUCGUCUCCUGGCCUCGAUCUACUGCCGUCACCUACUUUCCUCACACGCCGGCAGGCGACGCUGCGUUCGACUACUUCAAGCAAGUCGUUCAUUUCCGUCCCCUGCAGAAAAUCGGGAAUGUGAUCGAUGUGAUAUCAUUACGGGUAAACCUGGUCCUCGGUUGCAUUCAGAAUCUCCGCUCACCUCCCAUCAGGCAAGGCCGAGUCUGGUAUGCGCUGAUCACGAUGCUUUACGUGGAUAUUCUGGACACCACCGGCACCCUGUAUUCGAUGGCCAAAUUCGCAGGUCUGCGGGAUCCCGUGACUAUGGACUUUGAGAAUUCGACGAUUGCCUACUGUGUGGAUGCGUUUGCGAUCAGCAUGGGCGCGCUCAUGGGAAGCAGCCCUGUGACAGCCUUCAUUGAAAGCGCCACCGGAAUCAGCGAGGGCGGCAAGACCGGGAUAACGGCUAUGGUGACAGGCCUCUGCUUCUUUGUUUCGGUCUUCUUUGCUCCCAUUUUCGCAUCCAUCCCUUCUUGGGCCACCGGAGGAGCCUUGAUCAUUGUGGGAAGCCGUAAGUGCUCAGAGUUUGUUCCAGUGCUAUUUUCAUCACUGACGGAUCUCGCAGUUAUGAUUCGCAACGUCCGCGACGUGAACUGGGACUACAUCGGUGAUGCCGUGCCGGCCUUCCUCACUAUCAUUAUCAUUCCGCUCUCUUACAAUAUUGCUUACGGUGUCAUCGCCGGAAUUCUCUCUUAUAUCCUAUUGAACGGCAUUCCCUGGAUCAUCGCGCGUCUCAGCGGGAACAGAAUCCUGCCGCCUAACAUCGACAUGUCGGAGGAAUGGAGCAUUCCGCCGGGCAGCAUCAUUCCUUUCUGGAUGCGCAAGCUGGUCGGGAUGGUCGAUGAGCAGCCGGAGGACAGCACCGGUGUGCAGCUGGAGGUCCGGGGCCAAUCUGCUUCGAACGACACUGAUGCACGGUCGGAAAAGACCGACGAGGCGAGCAUUAUGGAACCCAGAAAACACCGACUCAGGUGAUCUCACCUGUCUCUCUUCAAGGGUCGGGUCGCUUGAACGCUUGCUUGCGUGCUUCAUCAUCUUGUUAGAUAAUUGUCCACCCUUUUUGAAUUGUUGUGCACUUGGAUUUGGGUCCAGGGUGGAUGUAUCAUUAACUGUAUCUACUCGCAGUAACAUAGACUUCCGUCGCUCUUGUCCGCUGCUAUAUGUACGAUGUCGGCUAAUUCAAUGAACUCUUCGGCUACAGUAAAAUAUAUAAAUUAUUAUAUAAAUACCCUACUUAUGUAUUUCUGCGGUGCCUGGAUGGCUGUGCCUCUCUGACAAAUCCC